AUGGUAUAUUCAAAUAAGAGGAAAUUAGAUGCUUCAAAAAAAUUAUCUAAUAAAAAAAAUAAUAAUAUAAAUGAAAAUAUUGGAAAUAUUUUGAAUGAAAAAGGAAAAGAAAAAAAAAGUAAGUUAAAUAAUGUUAGUAAAAAUAGUAAAAAUAAUGAUAGUAUAAAUAAUAAUGAAAUUAGUAACAUUAACAUAGAUAAAAGUUCUGAAUUAGUCAAUAUCGAUGUUUCAAGUGAUCAUAAUAGUUUUAAAAAGUUAAAAAAGGGAGCAAUAAUUGAGAUAACUUUAUAUAACUGGAUGGUUUUUAGUGGCCCAGUAAAGUUAAAGGCAGCAGAAGGAAUUAAUUUAAUAGCUGCAGCAAAUGCUAGUGGAAAAUCUUCUAUUGUAUGCGCAUUAGUUUUUGGAUUAGGUUAUAAUUCUAAUAUAUUGUCUAGAAAUAAAGAAUUAAUUAAUUUUAUUAAAAAAGGAGAGAAAAAAAGCUACAUAGAAAUAAUUUUAAAAUGUAAUGAAAAAAAUAAUAUUUCUAUAAAAAGAAUUAUGAAUAUUAUAGAUAAAAAAGUUGAAAGCUUUUGGUUUAUUAAUAAUGAAAAAGUAAAUUCCUCAAAAAUAUUAGAUAUACAAAAAGAAUUUAAUUUAAAUUUAGAUAAUUUAAUUACUUUUAUGCCUCAAGAAAAUGUUAGCAAAUUUUCCAGACUUAGUUCUGAAGAGUUAUUUGAGUAUACACUUUUAGCAAUUGACAAAAGCCUUUUAGAUAAUUAUAAUUACUUAAAAAGAUUGAUAGAAGAAAAAAAAAAUGGUGAACAUAAAAUUGUAACUUAUGAACAUGAAAUUGCAGAAGAAAAAAAAUUAGUCGAUGAUUUAGAAAACAAGAAAGGCAAAUUUGAAAAUUUUAAAAAUUUACUUGUAACUAUGAAAUUAUAUAGAGUCAAAAAAUAUAUUUUAUUAUUGGAUAUGAAAAAAGAAGAAUUAAAAAAGGUAAGAGAAAAUAUAGAUUCAUUAGUUAGAGAAAAGGAUGAACAUUUUAAUACUUUUAAAGAUUAUUUGUCUGAAUUAGAAAAAUGCCAUAAAGUAAUAAAUCAGUUAUCAUCCAAAUAUUCCGAAAAAAAAAAAAUUAUCAAAGAUUCAAUUAACGAAUACAUAAAACUAAAUAUAAAAUUAGAGGAGAUAGAAGAACAAAUUAUAAAAGAGGAAAAAAUUAUGAGUGAUACAGUUCAAAAUGUAUAUGAAAAUAGGGAGUAUAUAAAAGAUUUGGAUAAAAAGAAAAAAAAAGUAAAAGAAGAGAUAGAGCAAAUAAAACUCUUUUUUAAAGAGAAAGAGAAAUGUAAUGAUAAUGUGGAAGAUAAACGUAAAAAAUUAGAAUUAGAUUUAAAGGAAAUAUCAAAUGAAAAUAAACAACUUUUAAUGAAGAAGUAUACUUUGCAAUCAGAAUAUAAUUCUCUUACAGAAAAAUUAAAAAAAAGACAAAAUUAUCAAAACAUACAAGAAGAAAAAUUGUUAAAUAGUAUUGAAUUUACUUUAAGAGAAAGAAUUAUGAAUUAUAAAAAAAAUAUAAAAGAUAUUGUUCAAAACCAUAAUUUAUUAAGUGAUAAUUUUUUACAGAAUUUGAGAACAAAAUAUGAUGAAACAAAAAUUACUAAUCAAAAUGAAAUAAGUUCUGAAAUAAUUGAAGAGUUAUCAAGAAAAAAUAUUAUAUAUGGGCCUUUAUGUAAAUAUAUUAAAUGUGUAAAACCACAAUAUGAUUAUAUAGUGGAGUUUUUUUUAAAGAAAUAUUUUUAUAGUUUUCUUUUAAUUAAAAAAGAAAAUAAGCCUUUGCUAGAAUCUCUAUAUAAAAAGUAUAAAUUAUCUGUUAUUACUACAUCUAGAGAAUCUCACAAAUUUUGUUAUGUAACUAAUGAAAUGAAAAUAAUGGGAGUAGAAUGUUUUCUUUAUGAAUUAUUUGAGAGUCCUGAUAUUAUUAAAAAUGGGUUAAUAAAUUUUAUACCAAUAAAUAUUGCAUUUGUUGUUAAGAAUGAUAUAUUUAAAAAUAAAAGUACUACGGAAAUAAACGAAUUUAACAAUUUUAUGUUAAAAGAAAUAUCUAAACAAUUAAAUGAAGAAGUAACAAGUCUUUUUUACUUUUGUGAUAACAAUGUACAUCGUUACAGGAUAAGUAGUUAUGAUAAAAACAUAUAUAUAGAUAAUUCAUUUUUUAUAGAUAAAAAGUGUAAAAUUUUAUAUUAUAUUAAUAGCAAUGUAAAAAAAGAUUUAACUCACUUAAAUGAGAAGAAAAAAGAAUGCGAAAGAGAAUUAGAAAGUUUAGAAAAUAAAUUUCUUGAAUUCGAUAAAAUAAAAAAAGAUAAAAAUGAUGAAUAUAAUAAAAUUAUUUUACAGCAAAAUGAAUUACAUAUAAAAAAAAAAAAACUGCUACUUUUGCAAAGUGAAUUAAAAAGUAUAGAAGAAGAUUUAAGUUUAUAUUUAAGAGGGGAGAGCCUUAUUGAUGAUAAAAAAAAUAAUAUUACGAAGAAUAUUAAUUUAUUGAAUGAUAAAAAAAUUAAAAUAUGUGAGAAAUAUUUUAGUAUAUUAAAAGAACAUGAUAAAUGCGACAAAGAGCUUUUUGGAAUUUCUCAUGAAAUGAAUCAGUGGAAACGUUAUUUGUCUGUUAUUAAAAAUAAAAACUCGGAGAAUGAACAAAAACAUGAAGCAUUAAAAAAUAGUAUUCAUUUAGAAAAGACGAGAUUAUCAUCUUGUAUGUGUGAAAUAAGUGAGUUAGAACAAUUAAUAAAGGUUCAUAAAAAAGAGUUGAAAAAAGAAGAAAUUUCUUUACUUUAUGAUAUUAAUUUAUCAUUGGAGCAAAUUGAAAAUAAGUUACAGGAGUGUGCACUUCAACAGAAGAUAUAUAGCAAUCUAGAUAAAAGCGAAGAAAAAUAUAAUAUGAUUGUUAUUUCAAUUGAGAAACAUAAAGAGACAAUAGAAAAUAAAAAAAAAGAAAUACAAGAUUUAAAAAAACUUUUAGAAGGAUAUAAUGAGGAAAUGCAGUUUAUUUUACCUACUUGGUCCAAUUAUAUAAAUGAAUAUAUUAUUUUUUUAAAUUAUAAUUUUCAAAAAUUUAUGAGUUUCAUAAAUCCAGAAUAUUGUGGGAAGAUUGAUUUAAUAAAAAAAAAUGACUAUUACGAAAAGUGCCAAUUAUUUAUAAAAGUAAAGUUUAAAAAAAAUGCUCCUUUUUUACUGUUAUCUGUAUCUCAUCAAUCAGGUGGUGAGAGAUCUUUAACGACUAUGUUAUAUAUUCUAUCCAUUCAAAAGUUAACAAAAAAUGGCUUUUAUGUUUUAGAUGAAUUAAAUCAAGGAUUAGAUUAUGUUAAUGAAAAAAGGAUUUUUGAGUUGUUAUCAUGCUUAUCUAAUCCAGUUUUAUAUAAACAAUAUUUUCUUCAUAAUUAUGAAUAUAAAUAUAUUCAAAUUGAUUAUUAUUCAAAGCCUCAAUAUUUUAUAUUAACUCCUCAAAUAAUUAAAAAUAUAUAUUUUAAGGAUAUAACAGUUCAUUAUCUAUUCAAUGGUUUUGGUAUAUUAGAUAAUCAAUUUUCAGGAUUUUAA